UCUAGCCGGGCCUCGGGCCCCACCCCUCCCCCCCUCCACCCCGGUCCUGGUGUGUGUGUGGGUGGGGUAGUUACCCCGCCUAACGGACCCCGCCCCGCCGCCGGCGUGCGCCUUUCAGCACCGCGGCGCGGACAGCUCCCGGGCGGGCGCGGAGGGAGGAGGCGCAGCGAGCGUGCUGGGGGGCCGCUUGGCCCGGGGCGGCCAGAGGCGGGCAAGCGGGCGGGCUUGCAGAACACGGAGCCCCGCGAACCUCCCCUGGGGCGGCGCCCACCGGGAGCUCCGGGCCACGGACCCCAGGACGAGCCAAGACGCGGGGAGUCGGAAGCGCCAGGGAGGGCCCGCGGGUCAAAGAUGCCGGUCCGCAGGGGUCACGUCGCACCCCAAAACACUUACCUGGAUACCAUCAUCCGCAAGUUCGAAGGCCAGAGUCGGAAGUUCCUGAUCGCCAACGCUCAGAUGGAGAACUGCGCCAUCAUUUACUGCAACGAUGGCUUCUGUGAACUCUUUGGCUACUCGCGAGUGGAGGUGAUGCAGCGGCCGUGCACCUGUGACUUCCUCACUGGUCCUAACACACCGAGCAGUGCCGUAUCCCGCCUGGCCCAGGCACUGCUAGGGGCUGAGGAGUGCAAGGUGGACAUUCUCUACUACCGCAAGGACGCAUCCAGCUUCCGCUGCCUGGUGGAUGUGGUCCCCGUGAAGAAUGAGGAAGGAGCUGUCAUCAUGUUCAUUCUCAACUUCGAGGACCUAGCCCAGCUGCUGGCCAAGAGCAGCCACCGCAGCCUGUCACAGCGCCUGCUGUCCCACAGCUUCCUGGGCUCCCGUGAGGCUGAUGGCUCUCAUGGAAGAUCAGGUGGUCAGGGGCCUGGUGCAAGCAGGGGCAAGUACAGGACAGUCAGCCAGAUCCCACAGUUCACGCUCAACUUUGUGGAGUUCAACCUGGAGAAGCACCGCUCAGCCUCUACCACGGAGAUCGAGAUCAUCGCCCCGCACAAGGUGGUGGAGCGGACACAGAAUGUCACGGAGAAGGUCACGCAGGUCCUAUCGCUGGGCGCAGACGUGUUGCCCGAGUACAAGCUGCAAGCGCCACGCAUCCACCGCGGGACCAUCCUGCACUACAGCCCCUUCAAGGCCGUGUGGGACUGGCUCAUCCUGCUGCUGGUCAUCUACACGGCCGUCUUUACACCCUACUCAGCCGCCUUCCUGCUCAGCGAUCAGGAUGAGUCCCAGCGCGGCGUAUGCGGCUACACCUGCAGCCCGCUCACCGUGGUAGACCUCAUCGUGGACAUCAUGUUUGUGGUGGACAUCGUCAUUAACUUCCGCACUACUUAUGUCAACACCAACGAUGAGGUGGUCAGCCACCCCCGCCGCAUCGCUGUGCACUACUUCAAGGGCUGGUUCCUCAUCGACAUGGUAGCUGCCAUCCCCUUCGACCUGCUCAUCUUCCGCACUGGCUCUGAUGAGACCACCACCUUGAUUGGGCUCCUGAAGACAGCACGGCUGCUGCGGCUGGUGCGCGUGGCACGGAAGCUGGACCGCUACUCCGAAUAUGGGGCAGCCGUGCUCUUCCUGCUCAUGUGUACCUUCGCGCUCAUCGCACACUGGCUGGCCUGCAUCUGGUACGCCAUCGGCAACGUGGAGCGGCCCUACCUGGAGCCCAAGAUCGGCUGGCUGGACAGCCUAGGCGCACAGCUUGGCAAGCACUACAAUGGCAGCGACCCAGCCUCGGGCCCCUCGGUGCAGGACAAGUACGUCACAGCCCUCUACUUCACCUUCAGCAGCCUCACCAGCGUUGGCUUCGGCAACGUCUCGCCCAACACCAACUCCGAGAAGGUCUUCUCCAUCUGCGUCAUGCUCAUUGGCUCCCUCAUGUAUGCCAGCAUCUUCGGCAACGUGUCGGCCAUCAUCCAGCGCCUGUACUCGGGUACAGCACGCUACCACACGCAGAUGCUACGCGUCAAGGAGUUCAUCCGCUUCCACCAGAUUCCUAACCCACUGCGGCAGCGCCUUGAAGAGUACUUCCAGCAUGCCUGGUCCUACACCAACGGCAUCGACAUGAACGCGGUGCUGAAGGGCUUCCCCGAGUGUCUGCAGGCCGACAUCUGCCUGCACUUGCAUCGAGGCCUGCUGCAGCACUGCCCGGCCUUCCGCGGGGCCAGCAAGGGCUGCCUGCGGGCGCUGGCAGUCAAGUUCAAGACCGCUCACGCGCCUCCCGGGGACACACUGGUGCACCUAGGGGACGUGCUCUCUGCGCUCUACUUCAUCUCCCGCGGCUCCAUCGAGAUCCUGCGCGACGACGUGGUUGUGGCCAUUCUAGGGAAGAACGACAUCUUUGGGGAGCCCGUCAGCCUCCAUGCCCGACCAGGCAAGUCCAGCGCAGACGUGCGGGCCCUGACCUACUGCGACCUGCACAAGAUCCAGCGGGCCGACCUGCUGGAGGUGCUGGACAUGUACCCUGCCUUCGCUGACAGCUUCUGGAGUAAGCUGGAGGUCACCUUCAAUCUGCGGGAUGCAGACGGGGGUCUCCAGUCAUCCCCCCAACAGGACGCAGGCAGCCGAGACCACCCAGGCCUUUUCCUCAGUGACAACCAGGCAGAUGCAGCCCCUUCCUUAAGUAUCUCAGAUGCAUCUGGCUUCUGGCCCGAGUUGCUGCAGCCAAUGCCCUUAAAGCACAGCUCCCCGACCCCGCAGGAAGACGCCGACUGCUGGCCCAGGGAGCUAGGCUCCAGGCUGGAUGAGCUCCAGUCCCAGGUGAACAGGCUGGAGUCCCGCCUGUCCUCAGACCUCAGCCACAUCCUGCAGCUCCUUCAGCAGCCCAUGGCCCAGGGCCAUGCCAGCUGCAUCCUGGGAGUUCCCACCUCCAGUGACCUGGCUUUGUUUCCUGUGGCCUCAGGGACUCAGAGUCCAGGGCCCAGGUUGCCCGCUGCACAGACCCCAGGCUUUGGUGACUUGGACAAAUGCAGGCCGAAGCACAGGAAUUCCUCCUCCAGAAUGCCUGACCUGGUGGUGGCAGCAGCGGAUCAAACUCUGACGCCAUCCUCGGACCAGGAGCAGCCCGAGGGGCUCCUGUCUCCCCUGACCUCCCCUUUGCAGCCCCUGGAGGUACAGGGGCUCCUCUCUGGUCCUCGCUUCCCCUCUCUCCCUGAACACCUUGACUCUGUUCCCAAGCAGUUGGAGUUCCAGAGAUAUGGUUCCGAUCCUGGGUUUGCCAGGAGUUAGGGCACUAAGUGCCCAGCUGCUGGGAGAGCUGUGAAGAUGGGGGAGGCCAACAGCCUCUCAGGUGGGCCUUUGAAGACUGUUCUAGACUAGAUACAAACCACUGACCCCAGGAUAGCAUGGGUGAAGAGUCUCAGAACUUUCUCCUAGCUUCCCCCAGGGGCUCGUUACAGGCAGCAAGCCUGGCAGAGGGUGGGGCAGCCUUGGGCAUGGAGGAGGUGUAGCUGAGGGGCUGGCAAAGAAAGAUGUUUCUGAUGGUCUGUCACGGCCUUGCUGGGGACUGCACGUGGCCACCUCCCAGCUCAGAACCAUCAGGCCCCCUUGACCCUGCACUAGGCCUAGGGUUGGUUAGCCCUCCCACUCCAAAGCCCGGAUCUGGCUGGAGACAGAGGUGUCCUCUGUGGUAUGGACAUGUUGCAACGGAGCUCCAGCCCUUGGUCCUUCUGCCUGUGGUGAUUUGUGAUGCCAUCUAGGUGCCUGCAGGGCAGUGGAGAGUCACACAGCUAAUAAAACCUACACAUUCCACGUUGGGACAAGUGUGUCGCUCAUCAGAAGAGCAGCAGGUCCUUGACUGUGUCGUGGCCUUUAUGAGUAACUUCUCACAGGGGAGGAGGGGGUUCGCCCUUCCACUGUCUCUCAUACUGGGGACCUGAAGGUGGCUCCUGGACACAGUAGCCCUCAGAGCCUGGGGCUGUGAGCUGGGCAGGGGGCACAG